GUUGACAGUAGCACCACUCCAGGACCCGUGCAACUUGUCCAAGUCCUUAUACCCUUGGAUUAUUUUCCUCAUGGCCGCUAGUCAACCAAAUAUCGGCAUCCCGCCUGAGCAUGAAGCUUCGUUCAAAGCAUUCACCGAAGCUAUUCAAGAAAACGGAGUUUUGACUCGGCCUGAGAGUCUAGAAAGCCGGGAUCUGUGCUACGGAUUAUCAGAUCCUCCCACGCUUCUACGGUUCCUAGUCGCCCGCCAAUUUGACCCAGAUGGUGCUCUCAAGCAAUUCCAGGAGGCAUGCAAAUUCCGCGAAGAUAAGCAUAUCCUCAGGCUUUACGAUUUAAUCGACAUUGACUAUUUCGAGCAAGCUCGUCAAUUUUACCCUCACUGGAGUGGUCGUAGGGACAAAAAAGGGUCGCCUAUUUUGAUGUUCGACGUGGAAUAUCUUGAUAGAGAUGCAGUUGCACGUUGGGAAACCACGCGCAAAAACAGUCGCUGGAUAUACUCCCAAUCAGGAAAAGACGAACCACCAAAUCCCGACAUGUUGCAAUUGGCCACUGUGUACCAUGACAAUCUCAUUCGGUUCAUCCUUCCGCUUUGCUCGAUGAUGACAGACAGGCCGAACCCGUCAGUUCCAGUCACCAAUUCGAUCUGUGUUGUGGAUGGAACGAAUUUGGGCCUAAAGCAAGCAUGGGGGUUGCGGUUCUUCGCGCAAGAGAUCAGUUGGUUGUUAUCAACAUGUUACCCAGAGACUAUUGAACGUAUCUUUCUAUGCAAUGCGCCCUCGUAUUAUAGCACUAUCUGGAGGUACCUGAAGGGCUGGGUUGACCCUCGAACUGCAGAGAAGAUCCAAGUGCUCGAGGAGUCGGAGGUCCUUCCUACCCUCAGAGAGUAUAUCGACGAUGCCAAUAUUCCAGCCAAGUUUGGCGGUAACUUUCAAUUUACCCAUGGAAUGCUGCCAGAUCUUGACGAUAAUCUCCAGCGACUUUUGAACUCAGAUUCAUCGAAAUCCCUGCCUCCUGGGCCCUUGAAAUGGAUCCAAGAUUCAGAUGGUAGACAAACUGCAUUGGCUGUUGGCAGCAGGGCCGGUUCUGAGAGGAGCGAUAAGAUCGCAACACUUGAUCGAAUUGGGCAAUAACUUCACUGAAUUGGUUGUUUUGGAGACCGAUAGAAUAU